CAUCCCGACUGUUCCUCAUCCUUAACCGACUCUUUCCACUGUUGAAUUGCUCAUACUACUGUAAACAGUUUUCAAAGUUAUUCCCGUAGAUAGAUUUCAGCAUUUGGUCUUACUAAAGCGGCUAUAGUAGCCGAAUGACAAGCUAUCAAAUUCAGACUUGUCUAUGAGGCAAAAUAAUUGAAAUAUAUUCAGCGAAGUAAAUGCUAAGUAGUAUAAAAUCUCAUUCUCCAUAUUUUUUUAUUAGGUACACCUCGUAAUACUAAUACAUUUAGAAAGUAUUGUUGUGAAUAGUUGUAUUUUGGAAAAAUGUGAAAUUCUAAAUAACGAAGAUAAUAUUUAUCUUUUCUCAAGUUUUGACGCAAAUAUAUACAGAGGUAGACAGAAGCAUUGAAUUUUAAAUUAUAGUACAAGUUCAUUUUAAAAACUUCAUCAUAAUAAUGUUAAAUAAGUUCCAGAAAACUUUUUUACUUAUUUAUAGUAGGUGUCAAUGUAAAAAAUUCGAGCUAAUGUUUGGUACUUGGGGUAUAUUCUAAAUAAUUAUAUGUUAAGAAAGUGUAUGCAAUUCCAUUUUAUUCCUUAGCGAAAAAAUAUUUCUUUAACAAAGAGAUAAAAAGUCGUCUUUCUAAUUGUAAAAAUUUCGAACUUGUAAGCAGAUAAUAUAAGUAAUUAAUUUUUCGGAAAAUAAUUGCCUACCUACAUUUAAAAAAAUAUAUAUCAUCCUGUAGAUACCUACAUAUCGAUUACAAUACACAAACACGAAUAAAAUAACAAUAUAGAUAAAUGUACACUUGAUCACUAAAUGGUUUCACUUUCCAAUGACCCCCACAUCAGUACCUAGUUGAUGCAAAAACCCAAAUAAGAAUCACUAUCUCGUAGUCGUACAAGUUGACACCCAAUAAGAAAAAUGCAGAAGUCAAAGGUAAACACGUGGUAGAAACAGCGGUAGCGAGUGUUUCAAGCCAGAAUACGGUUACGGUAAAUACUACAGAAUUGUUCUGUUGUUUAUUGUCUAAGACGGGGUACGAUGAAACGCAACUCAGCUGUUCAUCGUGUAGAACGUCGAGAAUAUUCCGGAUUGCGCCAGCCGUUGACCUCCCCACCAUCGAUUCGGGCUACGCCUCUUGGCCUAUCGUGACCCUCGCGUGAACUAAGAACCUCCCCGAACCGCCCAGGCCAAGUCAGUGUCGGGCCCGAGACCGAAAGGUCACUAGUAGAGGCUAGAGUGUUUCGUGGGCUUGACCUAUCACCUCCAAUGUGAAGAUACGUGUUUCGAACUACUCAAACUCUCCACAGGUUCAGGGUGUAGGAGUCCAAAAGUAUCUUGAACUCGGUGUCGAGGUUCAUGUGGUUGGUGGUGUGAGAGUGCAGUGCGUGUGUAGUGAGGUUAUCUCCUGGAGACCGUGGAUCGCUUUAACGCCAUGGCUCUUGUAGCCAGCUCUUGGCGAGAGACAUCGCUAGUUAACCCUAUACCGACAAGUUUGAACUCAUUGCAAAACGGUUUGAACCCUUUACCUCCUGCUAGUAAUUUGAAUCCUUUACCGACGAACAUUAAUCCAAUUACUCUUGAAAAUCCGGACGUUUCGCUUAUCAAUCGGCAAACACCAUCUCAGAAUUCACAAAAUAGCGCUAAUAGUGUUGACAAGAAUCAAAACAUCGAGUGUGUCGUGUGCGGGGAUAAGAGUUCCGGGAAACACUACGGACAAUUUACCUGUGAAGGUUGCAAGUCAUUUUUCAAGAGGAGUGUUCGAAGGAAUUUAACUUAUUCAUGUCGAGGAAGCAGAAAUUGCCCCAUCGAUCAACACCAUAGAAAUCAAUGUCAAUACUGCCGUUUAAAAAAAUGUAUGAAAAUGGGUAUGAGAAGGGAAGCCGUCCAAAGAGGCAGAGUACCACCAUCACAACCAUCACUUCCUGGCUUGCCAAAUCAAUUUCUUAAUUCUACAGAUUCUAUGACCACAUCAUUAACCAACCACACGUACCUUAGUAGUUACAUAUCACUAUUAUUAAGGGCAGAACCUUAUCCGACGAGUCGAUAUGGGCAGUGUCUACAAACCAAUAAUAUUAUGGGUAUUGACAAUAUAUGCGAAUUAGCAGCUAGAUUACUUUUUUCUGCAGUCGAAUGGGCGAGAAAUAUACCGUUUUUUCCUGAUCUCCAAGUCACCGAUCAGGUGGCACUACUUAGAUUAGUUUGGUCAGAAUUGUUUGUGUUAAACGCAAGUCAGUGUUCCAUGCCGUUACAUGUGGCACCCCUAAUUGCUGCUGCCGGCCUCCAUGCGUCGCCGAUGUGCGCCGACAGAGUGGUGCAAUUUAUGGACCACAUUAGGAUAUUUCAAGAACAAGUAGAAAAAUUAAAAGCUCUGCAUGUGGAUUCUGCAGAAUAUUCCUGCUUAAAGGCAAUAGUACUAUUCACGACUGAUGCAUGUGGAUUAAGUGAUGUAGCUCAUAUUGAAUCUAUUCAAGAGAAGUCCCAAUGUGCCCUCGAGGAGUAUUGCAGAUCACAGUAUCCUAAUCAACCUACUAGAUUUGGUAAAUUGCUACUGCGAUUGCCAAGUUUAAGAACUGUUAGCUCAGCUGUGAUCGAACAAUUGUUUUUCGUGAGACUGGUGGGAAAAACUCCAAUCGAAACUUUAAUUAGGGACAUGCUUCUAUCUGGUAGUUCAUUUUCGUGGCCGUAUAUGUGAUACUUGAAAUUAUACUAGGUGUACUAGUCAACAAUUCUCGUUAAUGAUAUUAAUCGAAAUUCGUAUAUGUGACAACUAGUUCAAGUUAUCUACGUUUAACUAAAAAAAUACCUAUUCCUUUCAAAAACUUGUCUAGUUUUCUUAUAAAUUGAAUGAAAACAUUUUGAUAAUUUGACUGAUAGUUCGUGUUUAAUAUAUUUAGAAUAUAUUAAAAUUUGCAGGCCAUCUAAAUCACUUGUUGACUUCUAUUUAUAGGAUGGUGCAUAUAAUAUAUUUCUACAUUUCCUUUAACGUUGUUGCUGAAGGUUUUUUGAAUUGCGGUUUUUCCAUUACCUUACAAUAUUGUAAGAUUUAUAAUUCCAUUAUACACUUGCUUACAAAAUUUCGAAGGUCUUUCACUUCUUUUAUUUUUGCCAUAAUCAUCUACCCCGCGUUUUUGACCACUUCCUUCCUGGGAUCGGUUUAGCAAUUUAGUAAUCCGUCUUUGAGUCAAACCACAUCUUUUUCAUUCAGUCCAUAAUUCGUUGCUGCUCAAUUUCUGUGAGUUGAGUUUCACGGGGCAUUAUUUAAAAAAAGACUAAUUUACACGAACCGUCGCAAUAUAAAAUCAAACACGUGUAUUCGUACUUCAACAUUUAGAAGAAAACUGAGGUAGUAAUAAUCAAUCCUCCAGUCAACCCGACAAUAAAAAACAAACAAACAAACAACAAAAAAAACAACAAAAUAUCAUUAUCAAACAGAUGGUUCUUGCCAAUAUAAUAACAUAAAAAUAGAUAUUGAAACAUUAUUGUGCAAUUAAUUGAUUUUUUAACUUUAUUAUUAUUUACCUACUUUUUUCAUGUUCAUGUGAUCAUUUCUAUUCUUAUGGAUAUCUAGCUAAAUUCAUACCAUAUCAAUUGGUAUUUCUCUCGAAAUGAAUGAAUAGUGAAAAUUGGUAUUACAAGUCAAUGUCGGAUUUGUUGCUGCAAUAUUAAAUUUAGCACCUUCCAAAAUUAGGUCAAUAAUAAAUUUCGCUAGUUUCGCUCAUUUCAUAACUAAAACUUGUAAAAGUAAAUGAAUAUUGAUAAUCCUCAAAUGUUCACCGAAGAUACAAAUAAUUCAAAAAUUAAAUAUGCAGUUCUCAAAUUUAAUUUGUUCCACUAAUAAAAUCAGUUGCAAAUGUGAAAUGUUUUUCCUGUGACCUGUUUUUCUAAGGUAUCUAAUAGAUAUUCGAAUUGCAAUAAUAUGAAUUAUGUAAAUAAUAUCUAUUUAACGAUAUGUAUACACAAAAAAAUAUUUGUUGUCGCAUAUACCUACUUUUUGUCUAUGUACCUAGUUUGCUCCUUUAAAACAUGAUGAUAAAUUUUACGUACAAUAUCUUUUGGAAAUUAAAAUAAUGAUUGUAUAACAAAGAAAUUUUUGGUGAUACGAAGAAUCAUAUGCAAUAUGUAUACAUACAGAAUUAAAGGUUUUGUAUAUUUUAAUGAUAUGAGGUACGGUGAUUGCUAGUGCUAGUUAUUGAAUUACUGGAUAUGUUCACAUAACACAAACGUUUCAAAAUUCCACCUGAUUAAAAAGUUUUUCUUAUACUACGUAUUCCUUCAUCUUAAGUCUCGUAACUAAAUAUUCCGGUAGUAUUUUUUACUGGUUGACGAAUUUUUAAUAUGUUCAAUUUAUUUUUCUUACGACAGUUUACAAAAAUGAUGUAUUUUACAUGAUUCGAAUUCUUGAAAUACAUUUUUUCAUUUUGUAGAUGUAUUUCCCAAUAUAUGUGGAAAAUUAUAUAAACUAUUUUUAGAAUAUAUCUGGAUAUAUAAGAAUAAAAAAUAUAAUACCCAAAAUAAUCUCUAAUCCCAUCUGAAUUAACUGUGAUGAAAAGAUCAAUGGGUAUCAGCCAUAUUAAGGUUCCAAAAGGAUGAAAAUGUAAACCUAACAUUUAUCUAGUUUUCCAGAUUUUCAAAAUUUACAUACAAACAUAAUUAAUAACCUUAUAUACCAGACGGUGAAUUCUUUUUAUUCAUAAAUGAAUAUUUGCCCAUUGCUUCUUGUUUUGUGCUACAUUUUUUGCUUGUUUCCAUAUUUUAUCUUCGGGUUUUCCGAUACUGUAUGAUUCCACAGCUUCUUUGGUCUACCUCUUCUUUGUUUCUGUACUUGCUAUGUCUUUUUUGGCUGUUAUUCAUCCUUAUUCAGUAACUAAACCAAAUCAAUUUUUGUAUUUUUAGUUGUCAUUAUUGUUAAAACUUUACGCCCCUUAGAUAUUUUAUCCCUACAGCUUUUUUUGUAAUUUUGUGAUUGUUUACGUCUCACAAUAAUAGACUAUUGGUAUAAAUUGUGAUGUUUCGUUUUACGUACAAGUAUAGUUAUCGGCUGUUUUUUUUCACUUUUGUAUUUGUAUUUGAAAUUGUACUAUUUUUCUACUGUUCAGUUCUAUGGUCGUUUAUGCGUCACUUUUCCUAGUACUUCUUAGUGAUUUGCAAGAAGCAGAAAAAUACUUCCCAUGUAUAUGCUGCAAAAUACGUCAAUAGUCAAGAAAAUAUAGAUCUGAUACGCUGUUUGUUGUUCCACUCGGUUAACGCCUCAUUUUGGACUCUUUUCGUAACAUAUCUCCAAUAAAAUAAUUCCUGGCAUUUAAAGUUUUUUUCUUUUAACUAGAAAUCUUAAAAAACUCUUAGAUAAUCAAGUGAAAAAUAAUUAGUAAAAUUUGUCUGUUCAGAAUAUUCCAAUAACCCAAACAUUGGAAUUUCCAGGAACAAACAUUAUUUUUACCCUUAAUUUUAAAAGUAGUACCUAUAUAUUAUUAAAAAUGAGUAUCAAUUCAUAAUAAGUUUUUUGAUUUUUUGAGUGAAGUAAUUUUUAAUGACUUACUUAAACGCAAUGAUCAAUUUGCGGUUUUUAUAAUAAUUCUAACUAAAAAAUCUAAUAACACUUUUCAACUUAUUUUAAAGUCAAAUUAUUAACAUUGAUCAAUGCAAUAUGUAUAUACAUUCAGGUAACGAUGGAAGUAAUAGACACAUUUAAUUCUUUAGGGAUGAAUAAUGAAAAUAUCAGAGUCAAAAUAUGAACAGGUGGAUUCUAAAUGUGAUAUACCCAGAUUUUUUCAGUGUUUAGUGUAUCGAGUUUAUUUUAUGUAAUAUUGUAAAGUUUAUAUCUGUUUUUAGCAAAAACAUGGUAAACACUCAUAUUUUACUUUCGAUUCUAAUCUCUAAAAGUCCCACCGAAAAGGUGCAUCCAUUUCCAGUAUACCAAGACAUAUCUAACGAAGCAAAAUCGAGCAAAUAUCAAAUCGCCAAAAAUAAAUUAUUGGGAAUUACCCAGAAGAAAUAAAUGUUCCUUUUUAUAUCAAAAAAAUAAAUAAAUAGAUGUAUGUUAAACUAACACAUAGAAUUAGAUGUAUAUGUAAUGGUAAUAUAUUUUAUCCAAUAAUUGUAAGAUAUGUAAAUAAAUGAACUUAUUCUCAAAACAAAACAAAAACUGUUAAAAUAUUAUUUAUUCAAACUAACGUAAAUAACAUGAGUGCAAUAUACAAGAAUACAUAGAAAACGUGUACUUAUUAACCUCUUAUUAGAGUCCGUAAAUAGAUAAUAAUAAAGUAGCUUGUUUGAAAGGUAGAUCACAACAUGUCCAACUUUAUGGACCUAGUUGGUGCCAUAAAAUCGUUGUAGUAAAUCUCCGAUAAAAUUUGUCUUUUUACUUUUUUCCAAAUAUUUAAAUUAAUUGAGGUCAUACAAAUAUUCAAGUCGUUCCUUCAAAGACGAUUAAUCAUUUAAGAAGUCGUUUUUAUUUGUUUUAGUUUGUUUACAGUCGCAGAUAGGCAUUCCCAUCAGAUUCUUAGAGCAUAGAGCAUUUAAGAAGUUUGGCUUCACGAUUGAGAAUACAGGCUAUAAAUUAAAUCAAAUUGAAUGAAUGUAAUGUUCAAUUAGUUAUAUUUAAUAACAAGAACCAAAUAAAUUAAUAUACGUUAAUUAAGAAUUAUCUGUGUUAGACGCCUUCGAUAUUAAUUCAAAAAUACAAAUUUUCUAUGUAAUCUAAUUCGAUGUAUUCAGUUAUGGCAUUUACAACAAAAUAACAUUAUAGAGCAAUUUUUGGGUAAUAUGAUAUGAUGAAAAUCCACUUACUAAUCAAAACUAUUGAUUUUACGAAAAUUCUCACAAAGAUAUAAUAAACUCAAAGUUGUCAAAGUUUCUAGCAAUGAAAAUAAAUUCAAUCGUUUCCGUCAUAUAUAUGAAUUUUUAUCAAAAUGCCUUUGCUUUAUAACUACGAAUGAAGCAGAUGUUCAUAAAUAUUCUCUUUAAAAUCAUCUAAUCCAAACUAAAUUACUUAUACUUGUAGGUAAUUAUUAGAAUUUCUAUUUUUUACCAAACAUCUUAACUUUUAAAUCUCACAUAGAUAAUUAUUGUUAAUGAAAACAAGCAGUUGAUUGAUUUGGUAAGCACCGUCUAAAAAGGAAUUUGAAUAUCCUUAUUAUUUUUUUGCUCCAAGCUGCUACCGUUUGAUGAAAAAUCAGCUAUUUUAUAUUAACCGAAAAUUGCUUUUUAUCUAAUUAAACAUAUUUUAAAGAAUAAAGACUAAUUUUUUAAAACGUGACUGAAGUCUUGCCUUGGCCAUAUUUUCCUACUACUUUGAAGUAUGUUUAAAGUUAUAUAUUGAGUUAUUUAGCGUUUUUUCUGUCAUUUCAAAAAGCAAAAUAAUUCGUAGAAAAAUAUUAAUCGAAAUCAACAAUGAGUAACACUAUAUAUUAAAUAAUAAAAUCCGAAGAUUCCACUUUUGAAAUUAGUUUGGGUGCAUCCAGGGAAUAUUUUUCAUGUAGUAUCAAAGGUAUGUCUUUCUUUAAUAUACCUAUUUUAUGCCUCUUUUAUAAAAAAGAAGGUGGUCUGACCAUAUAAAAUGAUCAUUUUCGAAUACUAAAAUUUUACUGUCGGCGAUUGGAGGUUAUAGGAUUGUAUAUCCGUUCUGAUCUUUAAAUGGUUGAUACUAUAUAGAAAGCUGAAUGAUGUCAUAAACAUAAAUCAUGUGUUUACGGACACUCAAUAAGUUCGGUAUAAGCUAUACUAGCAUAAGCAUUCAUUUGUAUGAUAUCAGUUUAUUGUCUAAAGACAAAAGGGGAUACUGAUUUAUUAUUUUCAGAUCAGCAAUCAUCCAAUCUACUCCAGGCUCCCGCGAAACGUCUCCUAGAGGCUCUCGACAUGAGUCUUGACGAGUGAAAGCGGCAAGAGUCAUCCACACUCCCGAUUUUUUCAGUUGUCCACUACAUCUACUACAAACAGAAGGGAUUCAAGUGACUGCGUUACAUACUAUGUGUCUCCCAAUAUAAUGCCUUGCGUUUAUAUCACCUAACAAAAAAACUGAAGCGUAGUGGAUGACGUCAAUGCACUGUAACAUGACCUAUAUUUAUUUCCUGACUUAUCUGACCCCAUGUGUCUUUCACUCCUCUGACUCGCCUCUGAAAAACAAAUAAGAAGCAGAACGACAGUAAAGCUAGAGAAGGCGAGAAGACACGAGCGCAUCGUCCACACUCUCUCUAACUCGCGUUCUCUUGUUUAGCCUCGUGGAGAGUGUAUUGGACCUUAUCCAAUCAUACAAUUGAGAGUGAACACUUCUUUAGAUCAUUUCUGAUUUUCAUAGAAAAAUAGACUUUUUCUUGCAUCCUUUGAAGACUAUUUCAUAUGUUAUCGAUUUAAACAUUUUCUAAAAACAUGUUCUUAAAUAUUUGGAAUAAGAAUUAAAUCUGAUAUUUUGAUUUGGUUUCAAGAUAAACAGCUCUACAAAUUUCCACAUGACAGCUGUCUAAUGCAGCAUGAAUAUAGCUUUUCUCAUAUUUAAUAGCCUCAUCACUAUUUUUAGAGUAUCUGUACCAAUUUUUAUUUCAUAUCCGGUUUAUUAUGUUAAGUAUGUACUCGUUAUAUUAUUUCAGCUUCUUGACAACUUCUUUAAUAAUGUUAUAGGUUGGGAUUUUGGUCACUACUGAAUUGUUGAGAGAUAUAUAAACAUUCCGAGAGCAACAAAUGAGUUUUCUACGAAUUAUUCAUAAUUUUUUCCUACUUAGAUUUAAUGCAUUUAUGUUAACUCUUUAAAUCCACCAAAUAUUUUAUUUAUUAAGAAUUUUCGGUAAAUUCAUUUAUGAGUUAUUAAGGUAGUCAAUGUUUACAUUGUUUUUAUGGUUUUUAAUAUUUGUUAAUUGUUAUCUUGUUAUUUUUAAUCCUUAUUGUUAUAUAUAAAUAUAUAUAUAUAUAUAUAUAUAUAUAUAUAUAUAUAUAUAUAUAUAUAUAUAAACACAAUGCCCCAAUAAAAAGGAUCCACCCCAAAUAGCUGCGGAGGUGAUAACUUUUUAAAGAAGUUAUGAAAUACGUCGACCUUUAAUUCAUGUGGAUACAUUUGACCAUAAUAGAAUUCCAAUUAUUGUGUAUAUUUUUCAAAAUAAUCACUAUUGAUUUCCAUACCAAAGUAUAAUCUAUUUUCAGUUCAACCAUUAUUGAAACAUUCUUUGACCUACAUCUUGAGGUUGUGUUGCAAAACCUCAUGUUUCAAAUUACCUCAAAGAAAGAAAUCAGUGUUUGAAUCGGGUGAUCCUGAGGUGACUCCAAUCCAAGUCCUCAUCUCCCAAUCCAUCUAUUAUGAAAGAGAUUAUUCAGAAAAUAUCGUUGUCUACCAAAUGUAAGUAAAUAUCUCUAUCUAGGUUACUGACAAGAGGGGCCCGACAAGGUGCUCGACAAAAAUUAAAUUUCUGAUGAUUUUAGGUAUGACUUUCAAUAAAUAAAUAUGAAUUAGUCUCACUUAAAUCCCUCUAACUGUGUCUAUUCACUUGACCGUUCAAAUAAAAGGUAUAUUCAUCUAAAAAAUAUACAAUUGUAUAGUGGGCUGCUUUUAUUUUGCAUUCUUUGUUUAAUUCGUGUACGAAUCGUAUUUUAUAUGAAUGUUUGUGAAAAUUGCUUCAUUUCUGAUCAGUCGCUAAGAUUCUUGUCGUCUGUUUUCCAUUUAUUCAUUCAUCCACCGUUGAUCAAUAUUUGUAUAAUUAAUAUUUAAAAUAUAUUCCUUCAAUUUUUUUUGUCUUUCUAAAUGAUGCCCAAAUAAAAAAGGUUUAUUCAAAAGACUCUUACUAUGUACUUACUAUGAUAACAAUUAGUUGAUAUGCUAUCCAGUGUAAUGUAUUUGGAUAAUUCCGACAAUCAUCAAUGAUUCCAUUGAAUAAUUUUAUAAAAAAUUAUUGCCCUUGCACCCUUUGCAGCUCAAAGUUUUAAGGAGAUGACGCUGGUGACGUGUUUUCCUUGAAAUAAAAGUUCUUGCUUUUUACCAUUUUUCUAAAAGUUAUUACCUCCACAUUUAUUUAGAGUAUUUUUCGUUGGGACAUCUUUUUAUAAUUGAGUGGCCGGUUUUAAGUGUGUCACGUUGUGUUUUUCUGUACUUAUGAAUUUUUGUUUAUUCAUUUUCCUACGAAGGUGUACUAUUAAUAAUUUAUUGUAAAUAAUUACUGUUAUAAAUGGUUUGAUAACAAUUAGAUAUUACUUCCAACGAAAAGAUAAUAAUGGUUAAUAACAAAUAAUAUUGUCAAAAUAGGCAAUAAAUAUGUGAUCGGCUAUGAGAAAUAUUUUUCGCUGUAAGCAUUAUAGUGUUGAAUCUAAAACAAAUUGUUAUUGUUUUUUAAACUUUCAAUUAGCAAUCUAAUCUUUAACUGAGAAAUAUUUACAAACAUAAAUGAGUAAUAACUUAAUAUAUACGAGGAUGAAUUAAAUGUUACAAACAAAAGCAUAAUUAUUGGUCUAUUAAUUUGGUUGAAUCAAUUUUACGAUCCAUUUUCAAAGCAUUUACAUAUACCAUCAGUUUAAAAUAUAUCUUUCAAACCUUAAAAAGAAGAAUGUUUCUAUUGAUGGUGAAGUGAUCACCGAUAGUAUUUUGUGGAGAAACAACUAGUAAUGGUAGAUGAAUAAAAACAAUUGUAUCAUUUCAAGCGGGUUUUUCUGGUAAACAAUAUUCAAUUUGUCAUAUAUAUAUACGUAUGCAGACCUAUGUGGCCCUCGGUUUCGAGAUCUUUCACUCUCUCUUUUGAUUUCUUCUGUUUUUUGCCUUAUUUUACUAGGUUCUCACUCUCCCUCACUGACUGUUCCUCCACCAUUUUUCUUCUUCUUUUUUCUCACCGUCUUCACCUUUUAGUACUCGGUUUACCCAUUUUUCUUCUGUCAUUCUCCAUAUAUGUCCCACCCAUUUCGCUCUCUGUACAUUAAUUAUAUGGGUUAUAUUUGAGUGCUUAUACAAUUCUGACUGUUCUCCUUCUGUAUACUACAUCUUUUUUAAUUCCCUUGUAAAUCGUGUAUUUUUUUAAGCUGAAGACGGUUCUGGAUAAUGGAUCUUCCUGUCUCAUCCCUUUUCUUAUUUUGAUUAUGUCGGAAAUAGUGUCCACCAAAAUUACUUGGCUCUCGGUUUUUGGUAUUAUCAUUUCCACUAAUCUCCUCAAUUUAUUUUAUAUAUUUAAAUUUUCAUUUUUUUCUCUCUUAGUGGUAUCAGGGGACAAUCUGUAAUCGAUUUUCCUGCUUUAAAACCUCCUUGGUAUUCGCUUGAAUUUUCUUAGUGAUAUCUGUUUCUAAGUAUUUUUGUCAGAUAAUAUGUUAUAUUACUCCCAUAACAGAGAAUUUUCUCUUCCAAUCUAGUUUUAUGUAUACCCGCACAAAUCACAAUUACAGGAUAUUGAAUAAAAAUAAGAAUUGAAUUUAUUCAUUUCUUUUUUGAUAAACCUUCGUAGGAGCACUUUGUCUUUGUAUUUAAUUAUUGGUUUUCCUUUGUGUAACAUGGUGUAUACCAUAUAUAGUUUUUAGUUAGUGCAAUCGUUUUUUAUCGGAAGGUUUUAUUGAACAUAUAUAAUAAUUUUAACAUAAUAAAUUUAGCCUUAAAAGGCCAGUUAUAUUAAGCUGAUUAAAGCAGUAGAAACAUUUGUAAUAAAACUUGUAAAUAUCUAAAUGUAUAUUUAAAAAAAUAAUUGUAUUUGUCAUUUGGAAAUAAAUUUGAGUUUCACAGGGAA